AUGGCGGAAGCUGACAGUACAGAUCCGAGGACUGUCUUCAUAAAGGGGAUCAGUUUUGACUGGGACAAUUCGGACUUCGAGAAAGCAGUCAGCGAUGUGGGGCCUGUCCGCAAGUGUUUCCUUUUGAAGGGUGCAGGCAAGCAUCACAAGGGCUGUGGCUUUGUGACUUUUGCUCUGCAAGAGGAUGCUCAAAGAGCCGUCCAGGAGCUCAGCGGCAAGAAGCUGGGUGGACGCACCAUACAGGCAAGGACAGCUCUGACUCAGACGCACUUCAUAAUUCCAACAAACCAGCCAAACCAGCCACACUUGCAGGCACCCUUUGCAGAGCGCAAGGACAAGAAGAGGAAACGCACAGAGGAUGCACCUGCCCGCCCCGGCGAUGCAGAGGCCGCCACUGCAGCCGUCACAGCGCCGCAGCAGCCAUCCCCGGCAGCAGAGGCGGCAGCAGCCUCUCCGGCGGCCGAGCGCAAGCCACGUAAGUCAAAGAAGCAGCGCGUCGGCCAGAAGUCUGGCGAGGCAAAGCCGGCAGGGGAUAAUGCCAAGCACGCCCUCGUGCGCACAGUAGCGCUGGGGAAUCUGUCGGCGGGGAAUAGGGAUCAGGCGUUGGCGUAUGCAGGGAGCGACACUGCCGCCCAUUCCGUGGUGCAGCCGUCGCAGGCCGACCUGGACUCGCACGUGCUGCAGCGCGACGGCUGCGCCGGCGAUGUGGUCUUCCUGGUGUACUCCACGGUGAAGGAUGCACUGGCAGCGGUGGAGAAGCUGCACAACCACGUGCUGCAGGACGGGGACGGCGGGGGGACCGGGCCCAGGGGUAAAAAGUCGAAGGCGGGGGCGUCGAGCGGGACGCUGCUGUGGGCGCGCCAGGUGUCGGGCGAGGGCGCCCACCUCAAGAAGUGGCGCCUCAUCCUCCGCAAUCUGCCCUUCAACGUGAAGGAGGUAGACCUGAGGGAGCUGCUGGCGCCUGCCGGCUUUGUCUGGGAGCUGACUGUGCCGCGCAACCCUGACGGCAAGGCUCGGGGCUUUGGCUUUGCUGGGUUCAUGUGCAGGGCGCACGCUGAGAGGGCCAUCAAGCUGGCCAAUGCCAAGAUGGUGGGAGGGCGAACCAUUGCUGUGGACUGGGCGGUCCCAAAGGCUCAGUUCCAGAGCAACACACCUGCAGAGGCGCCUGCCGGAGAGGGGAAUGAUGCGCUUGCAGAGGGCAGUAUAUCAGACGAUGAAGGAGACACAGCAGGAGAGGAGGAACCAGUCAGUGAGCAGGAGGAUGAGGGGGCGAAUGACUUGGAGCUGGAAGACGAGAAGAAGCUGCUGCGGAACGUGCUGUCCCAGAUCGAUGAUGGGGACGAGGAUGAAGCACCACAGCCAGCAGCCAAGGCAGGCAAGAAGGCUGCAAAGGAGAAGCAGAAGCCACAGGCCGACCUGCCAGAGGCGCAGGCAACGCCUCAGGAUGCCGCUGCGGAUGAGAUUUUGGCUGGCGCGGCCAGAGGAGAGGCGGCUGCACCGCAGCACAAGGGCGAAGUGCAGGCGACGGUGUUUGUUCGGGGCCUGCCACUGGACGUGCUGCAGUACGAGCUGCACGAGCGCCUUUCUCGCUUUGGCAAGCUCAAAGCCUGCAGGUUGGUGCAGGACAAGGGUACGAAGAAGCUCAAGGGAACGGCCUUUGUGGAGUUUGAGCAGCAAGCCGACGCGCAGGCCGCCGCAGAUGCAUGCGCCAAAGCCAGGUCGGGGCAAGGCGCUGCGCUGGCAGUGCGGGGCAGCCCCAUAGAGGUUGACCUGGCGCUGACUCAGGACGACGCACGCCAGCUGGCAGGCGCCAGCAAGGCCCAGCCCGGCGGCAAGGACAACCGCAACCUCUACCUUCUGAAGGAGGGGCAGAUAGAGGAGGGGUCACCGGCGUGGCAGGCCAUGUCGACGGCCGACCGCGCCAAGCGCAAGCGCGCGGCGGCCGAGGCGCGCACCAAGCUCAAGAGCCCCAACUAUUUCCUGUCACGCACGCGGCUGUGCCUGCGCAACCUGCCGCCCAAGCUCUCCGAAAAGGGCCUCAAAGACCUCGUCCUGGCUGCUGUGAAGGAGCGGGCGGCAAAGGCGCAGCCGACGGUAAAACAGGUGAAGAUUCUGCGCGACGCCGACAAAGCGGGUACGGACGGGCAGGCGGCCAGCAAGGGGCUGGGCUUUGUGGAACUGGUGGAGCACGAGCACGCGCUGUGCGCGCUGCGCCAGCUCAACAACAACCCCGUGCCCUUUGGCACCGAGCGGCGUCCGGUGGUGGAGUUUGCGAUCGAGAAUGCGCAGACGCUCAAAAAGCGCGAGAUUCGCCGCCGCAGCAUCAACGCCGACGACACCCGGGCGCCGAAGGGCCGAGACAACGCCGCGGCCCCGGCAGACGGCGCGGAGCCGACACCGGGAGACGAGCCGGCCGUGUCAAAGAGGACGCAGCGCAAGCGCAAGCGCGAGGAGAAGAACAACAGCAAGGUGAGCGGCAGAGUGGAGAGCGGUACCGAAGCGGGCACAUCAGGGCAGGCUGGUGGUGCAGCUGCGCCGUCUGAGAGCCCGGUUCCAAUGCAGCAGAGCAAGCGGAGGAAGAGGGAGCUGAGGGCGGCAGCCAGGUCAGGGGGUAAAAAGGGAAGCCCUGCCGCAAAAUCUGCGGCCCAGGUGAAGAGUAAGGCUGCGCCGCAGCAGCAGGCAGCAAAGCAGCAGCAGGCGGCAAAGCAGCAGCAGGUACCACAGCAAGCGCAGAGAGAGCCGGCAGACGGCGCGGCCAGGAAGCCCCUCCCUAUAAAGCAGAAGAAGAGGGCGCAGGCUGACGGUGCAGACGGCGGCUCUGCGCAGCAGAAGGGGAAGAAGAGGCAGAGGACUGGGGUGGAGAAGGCAGACAAGCUUGAUAGCCUGGUGACACAGUACAAAGCACAGCUGUUUGGGGAGGGCGCUGGGAAGGGCGCCAAGGGCGGCCUCAAGUCUUCAAUGCAGCGGUGGUUUGAAUGA